AUGGGACAAACUGUGACAACUCCUCUUUCUCUUCUGACUGACAAUUUCAAGGAAGUUAGAAGGAGGGCACAGGACUUAAAUUUAGAAAUAAAAAAAGGAAAAUUUGUAACAUUGUGUAGCUCAGAAUGGCCUAUAUUCAACAUGGGAUGGCCAGCCGAAGGAACGUUCAAUCUUCAAAUUAUUUUAAAGGUGAAAGAAGUUGUGUUCCAGUCCAGCUGGGGGCACCCGGACCAGGGAUCGUAUAUUAUCAUAUGGCAGGAUUUAGUAGAGAAUCCACCGCCUUGGUUAAAGCCGUUGUUACCUCUUUCUCUUCCUAAGCAGGCACCUAAAACUGUCCUAGCAGUACAAACUCAUACUGCCUGGAAGAAGGAACCUGAAAUUAAACCUUCGGCACCGACCUACCCAGUCCUUCAGGGUGGGACAGAGGAAGAACUCCUUCCCCCUCCCCAUCAAACCCCUUCAGCAGGUAUUGCAGCUGCAGAGGGUGCGCUGCCCCAAGUGCCAGAUGACGGCGUGGCAAUGGCAGUAGUAGCCGGUCCGGCGGCCAGCAGAACCCGUGAAAGAAUGCAGCGCACGGCCCCCUCUAGUGGACCAGCAGAUUCCACUGUCUUGCCGUUGCGGGCCACAGGGCCUGCUGACGCAACCGGCAACCAGCAACUUCACUACUGGCCUUUUGCUACUGUUGUUGUUAUUGACCUGUAUAAUUGGAAAACUCAGAAUGCUAAAUUUUCAGAUAAUCCCAGAGAUUUAACUGACCUCCUAGAGACUAUUUUGUUUACUCAUCAGCCUACCUGGGACGAUUGUCAACAACUCCUCCAGAUUUUGUUCACCACCGAGGAACAUGAAAGGAUCCAGAUGGAAGCCUGGAAAUCUGUCUUGGGGCAUAACGGGCAACCCACUGCUAAUAUAGAUGUGAUUAAUGCCACCUUCCCUUUAAUCCAUCCUAAUUGGGACUACAACAUGAUUGAAGGUAAGGAGAGACUCCAGGUGUUCCGUCAGACUCUAAUGGGAGGUCUCAGGGCAGCCGCUAGGAAGCCCACCAAUUUGGCUAAAGUAGGUGACGUACAACAAGGGAGGGAUGAAAGUCCUGUCGCUUUCUUAGAAAGAUUAAUGGGGGCAUCUCGUCAGUAUACCCCCAUGGAUCCGGAAGCAUCUGAAACUAAAGCUGCACUAAUCAUGGCUUUUGUAAAUCAAGCAGCCUCAGACAUCAGAAGAAAAUUACAAAAAAUUGACAGAUUAAAUGAAAAAAGUAUUCAGGAUUUAAUGCUAGUUGCAGAGAGAGUUUAUAAUCACAGGGAAAGUCCAGAAGACCGACAGGCCAAAGCACUAGCAGCAGCCAGUGACCAGAACACUCGGAAUCUUGCAAAAAUUCUACUCGCCUCAACAAUCAGGAGCAUCCGAGAAAGAGAACAACUUCAGAAAAUUGCAAAAUACCGAGGUAAGGGGGAUUCCCUUACGGGAGAACGCCCUAAACUGGGUAAGAAUCAAUGUGCCUAUUGUAAGGAGAAUGGACAUUGGGCAAAAGAGUGCCCAAAUAAAAAGACUCAUAAACUACAGACUAAAGUACUAGAACUGGGGGAACUCAGUGAUUAGGGGCAACGGGGUUCGGUUCCCCUCCCCGAACCCAGGGUAACCCUUAAAGUGGAGGGGACUCCAAUUGAUUUCCUGGUGGACACUGGGGCACAACAUUCAGUCUUACUUAAACCCCAAGGGAAACUGUCUAAUAAAACCUCCUGGGUUCAGGGAGCCACAGGAACAAAUCAAUAUUCAUGGACUACCCGAAGGACAGUGGAUCUCAGUGUGGGUCGGGUAUCCCACUCAUUCAUGGUAAUUCCAGAAUGCCCUUAUCCACUUCUUGCGAGAGAUAUACUAACCAAAAUAGGAGCACAAAUCCACUUCCAAAAAGGAGGGGCGACCAUUAUGGACAGUAGGGGCCAACCUAUUCAAGUGUUAACUGUAAACCUAGAAGAUGAAUAUAGACUCCACCAGCAACCCCCUCCUCCCCCGUCUGGGAAUAUAAAAUAGUGGUUAUCAGCCUUUCCUAAGGCAUGGGCUGAGACUGGAGGUGUAGGGUUAGCAAAACACAGGCCACCGGUUUAUGUGGAAGUUAAACCUGGAGCAGACCCGAUCAGAGUCCGCCAGUACCCUAUGUCACGAGAAGCCCGGGAAGGCAUAACCCCCCACAUCCGGCACCUGUUAAAAUUAGGAAUACUCCGACCCUGUCAGUCCGCUUGGAAUACCCCUCUACUUCCUGUUCGAAAACCUCAUUCCAACGAUUAUAGACUGGUACAAGACCUCCGAGAGGUCAAUAAAUGGGUCAUAGACAUUCACCCUACUGUUCCUAACCCAUACACCCUCCUUAGUUCUCUGACCCCAGAUCACCAGUGGUACUCAGUCUUGGACCUUAAAGAUGCCUUUUUUAGCUUACCGUUGGCCCCAAAAAGUCAGGACCUGUUUGUCUUUGAGUGGGCAGACCCCUCAGAAAGCAUUAAUGGCCAAUUAACCUGGACAAGAUUACCUCAGCGGUUCAAAAAUUUGCCUACAAUUUUCAAUGAGGUGCUGCAUGAAGACCUGGGUAAGUUCCGAUCCGACCACCCCGGUCUCACACUGUUAUAAUAUGUAGAUGAUCUCCUAGUUGCUGCAGCAGACUACAAGACCUGUCUCCAAGGGACCAGAGACUUACUCCGAACAUUAGGAGACAUGGGCUACAGAGCCUCAGCCAAAAAGGCUCAACUUUGCCAACCCGAGGUGAGCUAUUUGGGGUAUAUGUUAAAAGAAGGACAAAGAUGGCUGACUAGGGCCCGCAAGGAGACUGUGCUAAAAAUCCCUAGACCUAGCACCCCACAUGGGGUGCAGGAGUUCCUAGGAUCGGCCGGCUAUUGUAGACUCUGGAUACCAGGUUUUGCAAAAUUAGCGAAGCCACUUUAUGAAGCAACCAGGGAGGGGCAGAAAUUUCAGUGCGCAGAAACUAUGGAAAAGUCCUUUAAUUCACUUAAGACUGCCUUUUUGUCUGCUCCGGCCGUUGGAUUACCUAAUGUAACAAAACCCUUCCACCUAUACAUUGAUGAAAAUAAGGGGGUAGCGAAAGGAGUUGUAAUCCAACACCUAGGCCCCUGGAAAAGACCAGUAGCCUAUCUAUCAAAGAAACUAGACCCAGUGGUGGCAGGGUGGCCCCCAUGCUUACACAUAAUAGCUGCAACAGCUUUACUAAUUAAAGAUGCGGGUAAACUUACACUGGGACAAACAUUAUAUACCACCACCCCGCACGCCAUAGAAGGAACUCUUAAACAACCUUCCGAUUGAUGGCUUAGCAACGCACGACUCACCCACUAUCAAGGACUGUUACUGAACCCAACUAAGACUAUCUUUCAGUCACCUACAACACUGAACCCUGCCACUUUGCUACCGGAUCCGGAUCUGGAAGAUCCACUUCAUGAUUGUACUGACAUACUGGCUCGAGUGCACGGGACCCAAGCUGACCUACAAGACACAACCUUACCAGAUGCCGAGGUCACCUGGUAUAUGGAUGGGAGCAGCUUUGUGCGUGAUGGACUAAGGUAUGCGGGGGCAGCAGUAGUGACGGAAACUGCAAUAAUUUGGGCUGGGCCGUUACCGGCCGGAACGUCAGCUCAAUGAGCUGAAUUAACAGCAUUGACCAAAGCCCUAACUUUGGGAAAAGAUAAAAAAUUAAAUAUUUAUACAGACAGUCAUUAUGCUUUUGUCACGGCACAUAUUCAUGGAGCGAUCUAUCGAGAAAGGGGCCUGUUAAUUGCAGAAGGAAAGACAAUUAAAAAUAAAAAUGAGAUCCUCGAUCUACUAGCUGCCCUAUGGCUCCCAAAGAAACUUGCCAUCAUUCAUUGUUUGGGGCACCAGAAAACCACCUCCCCUGUCGCCCGAGGCAAUAAUUUGGCAGAUCAAACUGCUCGAGAGAUUGCACUAUCUACUAACCUAUACGUAUGCAACUGGUUGAAAUCAGCAGAUCACAAGGCUAUCUUUCCCAAAAAACUGGGAGAAGAAAUUUUAUUCAAAAUACAUCAGACCACUCAUUUAGGAACCAAAAAGAUGCAGGAUUUACUAAAACGGGCCAAUGUGAUAAUUAAAAAUGCUCAAUCUAAAAUUGAAAUAAUUGUUUCUGAUUGUAAAGCCUGCCAAUUAACCAAUGUUACUAAAAACCCUUCGAAUCUAGGCUCCAGAUCAAGAGGCAGCACACCAGAAACUUGCCGGGAAGUGGACUACACAGAGGUAAAACCAGGGAAAUAUGGAUAUAAAUAUUUGUUAGUCUUUAUAGAUACCUUUUCAGGGUGGGUGGAAGCCUUCCCCACCAAGCGAGAAAUGGCCCACGUUGUAGCCAAGAAACUACUAGAAGACAUCCUACCCAGAUAUGGUUUUCCUACUAUGAUAGGAUCAGAUAAUGGACCAGCAUUUGUAUCUAAGAUAAUACAGGGUUUAGCAACUAUUCUUGGGGCUAAUUGGAAAUUACAUUGUGCUUACAGACCCCAAAGUUCAGGCCAGGUAGAAAGAAUGAACAGAACUCUAAAAGAGACCUUAACCAAAUUAACCAUAGAGACUGACGGAGACUGGGUGACUCUCCUCCCCUUUGCCCUAUUUCGGGUCCAUAACUCUCCUUAUAAAUUAGGAUUAACACCUUUUGAAAUUGUCUUUGGUAGACCUCCACCUAUCACUCCCAGGUUCCAGUCCGAUUUGUUACUUGAUAUUGAUAAUCAUGAACUCAUUUAUUCUCUUCAAGCCCUGCAACAAACCCAGCAAGACAUCUGGCCGAGCUUAAGGUCCCUCUGCCAAUCUAGUCCCCCUCCCGAACCUCACCAGUACCAACCAGGUGAUUGGGUGUAUGUAUGGAGACAUCGGCAAGAGACUCUACAACCUUGCUGGAAAGGACCUUACAUUGUAAUCCUGACCACACCCACCACCCUCAAGGUCGAUGGAAUAGCCUCCAGGAUUCAUCAUACGCACGCCCGCAAAGCCAAUCCUGUCCCUGACCAGAAAUGGCAUGUCUCCAAGGACCCCAAUAACCCACUCAAGCUGAAAAUUCAAUGA